AUGGCGGAGCCCGUGGGACUGGUUUCAGGCGUCCUAGCCCUUGCAGUCUUUGCGUUCAAGUCUGGUGCCCAGCUUUAUGACACGAUUAAUGAUUUCAAGUCCCAUCCCCGCCAGGUUCGGGAGCUCCUUACGGAGCUAUCGGGACUAGUAUCGGUUUUGCAGAAACUCUCCAGGACAGGCGAUCUGGGCCUUGACCUAGAUCUUACUGCCCUCAGACUCACACUAGAGCAGUGCCGGCGGUCCUGCGAUGACGUUCAAAACGAAUUACUUACGUAUUGCUCGCGUUCUCGCGUCGAUCGGACGAGUUUCCGGGAUUGGGCGAAGCUCAAAUAUUGCGGCGGCGACGGCAUUGAGGGCUUCCGGCAACAACUAAUUGGUUAUAAGUCUACCAUUACCGUCGUGCUGAGCUUCGCAAAUCUUCGUGCAUCCGCAACUACGACCGAAGCUAUCUAUUCUUGCCGAGACCUUAUCGCUACAACAACUACGGACUUGGAGGCUCACUUACAAGAUGUUCAGCAGAAACUCGAGGUCUUGACUCAGCGUGCGGCUAGUGGUCCGAGUUUCGAUGAAACUGUCCGCCGAAGCAUGGAAGAGGAACAACGGAGUACAGAAAAGGGUCUCGAGUUCUGUGCCAUGCUCUCACAGGCAAUCGAGAAAAUCCAAGUCGACUUUUUUGGGAACGAACAGAACUCCACCAAUAGCCAACGCCAUAACACAACCUCUGAAAUGCUUUUUGGAGAAGGGCUGGAUGGUUGUAUGCACCACAUGCGCUUCACAUUAGAACAACUCGAGAAACGUCGAAAAACGAUUACCGAUAGCCUCAGCAGUGGUUCAUCUGCGACUAUACGCACUCGUGAACAGGCAUCGCUGAAUGAACUUCAAGCUGAAGCGAAAACCUUGAGACACUGCCUCAAUUUCUGCACAGAUAUUGAUGCAGUCCUGGAGUCCCAGAUCAGCAAUAUUGAGAACCAUGCGGAAGGGGAUGAUACAAUUCAAUUCAUGGUUUCAACGAAUGGCAAACCGGUCAACGGAAAGAAUCGAGGCAACGGCUUAAGAUUGAAACAAGCUGGAGGUCACUUUAGUGAAGAAUCCCUACAGCAGUUGUCACAAGACUUCAAAACCAUCAGUAUUCACCAUCAGACUGGACUUCAGGAGCAUACCCGCAAAACAUCAAUGUCGGCGGACGGUGGUGAUGAUGUAUCGCGUAAGCCUGAGCCACCUUUUGGCAAGCGUCAUGGCCCGGGUUUCACGCUCGCGAAACAUCUGGCAUCGACCACAUCUGCCGGACAUGAAACAAAUUGA